CACGGGAGGGGCCGCGCCGCGGGGAGCCGAGGGCGCCCUCCAGCGGCAGGGACAGGGGCGGGAACGCGCCCGCGCCGCCGCCCGUAACGGCGCCGCCGCCGGGAAAGGCUUCCGGCCGGCCGGGUCAGGCGCGGCGGCACUUCCGGCCGCAGCUGCAGCGCCAUGGCGACGGCUUUCAAUGGAACCAUUGGAAUAUUACAGAAGAUUUUUGAAAGAGAACUGUCGACCCGAUGGAAGGGAGCUGGGUGAAUUCCGGGCAACCACUGUCAACAUAGGUUCUAUUACAACUGCAGAUGGUUCUGCCCUGGUGAAGUUAGGAAAUACCACGGUGAUUUGUGGAGUUAAAGCGGAACUUGCUGCACCCGCAGCAGAUUCUGCUGACAAGGGAUACAUCGUUCCAAAUGUAGAGCUGCCAUCCCUGUGUUCAACAAGGUUUCGCUCUGGCCCACCUGGCGAAGAGGCUCAAGCAGCAAGCCAGUUCAUUGCAGAUGUGAUUGAAAGUUCACAGGUAAUAGCAAAGGAGGAUCUGUGUAUUGCAAAUGGCAAGCUUGCCUGGGUGUUGUACUGUGAUAUCAUAUGUCUGGACUAUGAUGGAAACAUCUUGGAUGCCAGUGUCUUCGCUUUGUUAGCAGCAUUAAAAAAUGUACAGUUGCCAUCAGUUACUAUAAAUGAAGAAACUGGUUUGUCAGAAGUUAAUUUAAAGCAGAAGAAUCCGUUGGUUGUCAGAAAGCAUCCGGUUGCCACAUCAUUUGCUGUAUUUGAUGACACAUUACUCAUCGUUGAUCCAACUGCUGAAGAAGAAGACUUAGCAACUGGAACAGUAACUGUUGUAACCGACGAUGAGGGCAGACUGUGUUCUGUCCAUAAACCAGGUGGAAGUCCUCUUACAGGAGCCAAGCUUCAGGACUGUAUCACCAGAGCAAUUACAAGACACAAAGAAGUAAAGACGCUGAUAGACAAAGUAAUAAAAAGUAUAAAGCCCAAGUGAAUAAAAGGAGAGAGCUUUUCAAAAAUGGAUUUGUAAAAAUUGUAUUUGUUACAGUGUUCACAAACCUUUUGUACUAAAUAAACAAAUACCAAUACUA